CUCCACCUCACUUCCAACAGCUCGCCUCACCGUUCAACCUAAGCCAGUGACCUAGUUUCCUGAACCGACUAUCUCACCACUCACCAUGCCGUUCCACGACAAAGAGUGGGAGGACUUGCAGCGCGACUGCGAUUUCUUUCCAGCCUAUACCGACUACAUCUACGGCUUAGACACCCGUCCUCACGUCAGAAAAGAGCCUGGAUUACAUCCGCAACUAAACGCGCGCGCUCAGUUUCCCAGACCUGCUGAACACCCUUCGUUUCCAGCCGUUUCGACCUCGCAAUUCCAAUCUUACUCGUCAGGCCAAGGAUAUUCGCGAUGGCAAGGAAGUGCAGGUGUCCAACAACAUAGAGGAUUGACUCAAGCUCCAUCUCAAGGUUUAGUAGGUGAAUCAAAACAGUUACUGUCGCGUGUGCAACCAGCCAUGGGCACGUUUGCAGUCCAGCCGGACUCAGUGGAAGGGACGAAGCGACGACGUCUGCUAAACGCAUCUCAGCAGCGUCUGACAGAUACAUCGUCUUCACCAACUGCAUCGCAGCAACUUCUACGGGACUGUAGGCAACUUGAUGGGCCGUUGCAAGGUAAGAACCUAACUCUUCUGUUGGUGGAUACUCCAGAUCUCACCUUCCGUCUCCCAGCAACACUCCCUACAGCAGCUCACCAGAACGUCCACGCCCCUGCCACCCUAUCCGACUCAACCAAAGACCACAUCCGCACCUUCAUCCCCAAGGUUCUUCACUGUCUCGACAUCAUGAAUUCACCUUCGUUUUCUCAGGCGCAAAAGGACGUCGCGCAUGCGUGGGUAGCUGCGUUCAGGGCAACGCUUCCACAUGAGGUACGGGAGUACGUCAACGGCUUGGUCACGCGGCUGUAUGCUUCGAAGUGUAAGGGACGGACAGAUACUGGAGGAGUGAAGAGUGGGGUAGAAGAACAAGAACGAGUUCAGCAAGAUGGGUUGAGGAUAUCGUGGUAACGUUGGAGGAGGGUUACAGGACGGAAAGAAUGCUGCGUUUGUUCAUGAUCGGUAUAGGCUUCGAGGAU